AUGUUGAAGAAUUAUAUUCGACUUUGUAACACGCAUGGGUUUCAUUUUAAAGGUUUCGUCAGAAACAGAAGCAGCCUCGGCCUUUGGGAUAGUAAUAUUUCUUCUGAAAUAAAAUUGAAGAUCGAAAGUCACUGGUCCGAUAUAGUCUUAAAAAAUGAAGAAAAGGAGUUGGAAAAUAAUAUGUACAUUCUUCCCAUGUUCCCUUACCCCUCUGGAAAUUUACAUAUGGGUCAUGUAAGAGUGUAUUCUAUAUCAGACACCAUAGCAAGAUUUUAUAAACUGAAUGGAUAUAAUGUUAUUCAUCCUAUUGGAUGGGAUGCAUUUGGCCUUCCUGCAGAAAAUGCAGCUAUUGAACGUGGUAUUCCAUCUGAAGUUUGGACAAAGUCUAACAUAGAUUCCAUGAAAAAACAAUUGAUUGAUCUUGGGUAUAACUUUGACUGGAGUAAAGAAAUUUCAACAUGUGAUCCAAGUUAUUAUAAAUGGACUCAAUAUAUAUUCUUAAAGUUGUUUGAGAAUGGUUUAGCAUAUCGCAGUAAGGCAAAUGUUAAUUGGGAUCCACUGGACAAGACUGUUUUAGCAGAUGAACAAGUUGAUGAAAAUGGCUGUUCUUGGAGAUCUGGUGCAAAGGUGGAAAAAAAGAUUCUUACCCAAUGGUUUAUUAAAACAACACAGUAUGCUCAAGAUUUAUACAAUGGUCUAGAUAAAAAUUAUUUAGAAAACUGGAAUGAUAUUAUAAAUUUGCAAAAACACUGGAUUGGUGAGUGUAAUGGUGCAGUAGUCACUUUUCAGGUUGAAGUAAAUGGAGAAAAGAGACCUUUAGACAUAUGGUGUUCAGAUCCAUACAAAUACUUACAUGCUCAGUAUAUUACAGUAAAAAAAAAUCAUGUUAUUUUACAAGACCUUACUUUGGUUGAAAAAGAAAAUUUACUGUGCUACAAUCCAAUAACAAAUAAAGAAAUUAAAAUUUAUGUCUGUGAUAGUAUACUUUAUCCAGAGGAAAAGGAAGUAUAUUUAGCUUGUCCAGCGAUUGAUUCUGAAGAUAGAAAAAUAUCAGAAGCGCUAAAUAUUCCUUUAGAACAAGUAAAAAGUAUAAAUAUUGACUAUGAAAAUAUAAAAGCAAUAGAGAUAGCAAAAAGUAAAAAAUGUGGUGGUUAUUUUGUCAGUUCUAAACUGAAAGACUGGUUAAUAUCAAGACAAAGAUAUUGGGGGACACCAAUACCUAUUAUACAUUGUAGUAAAUGUGGUACUGUACCAGUUCCAUAUGAACAACUACCAGUAAAGUUACCCCAAAAUUGCUCUAAUGUAAAGAAUAUAUUCACAUUGUCUAAAUUUAAUGCUUGGGUCAAUUGUCGAUGCCCAAAGUGUAAUGGAAAUGCACAUAGAGAAACAGACACCAUGGACACAUUUGUUGAUUCAUCAUGGUAUUACUAUCGAUUUUUAGACUCAUCAAAUGAGAAUGUACCAUUUGAAAAACAGAAAUUGAUUGGUAAAUUGCCUGUUCACUGCUAUAUUGGUGGCAAAGAACAUGCAGUACUGCAUUUAUAUUACGCUAGAUUCAUGAGUUAUUUUCUGAACUUCCUUGGAUGGACACCUUCAAAAGAACCCUUUAAAAAACUGCUAGUCCAAGGCAUGGUGAUGGGUCAAUCAUAUAAAGUCAGGUCGUCAGGAAAGUAUAUUCCGAAAGAAAAUGUAGAAAAAGUUGGUAAAACAUAUAUAGAAAAAGGUUCAGGUGAAGCUAUUUCAGUACAAUGGGAAAAAAUGAGUAAAUCUAAACAUAAUGGUGAAAAUCCCAUGAGAUUAUUAACAACAUAUGGAUGUGAUACAACACGACUUCUGGUCAUAGCUGAUGUACCACCUGGUACAACAAGACAUUGGUCUGAUGCAACAUUACCAGGAGUUUUAAAUUGGCAACACCGGCUUUGGAUAACAUUGCGGGAAUUUCUGACUCAUCGAAAUAAUCGUGAUUUAUUUAAAAUCAGUAACCUGCAACCCGAGAAAUUUCAGGAAAUUGAGGGAAAAUUGCGAGAGUCAAGAAAUUUUUUUAUUGCAACAACAACAUACCAUUUUAAAUACACACAGAAAUUAAGUGUUGGAAUCUCUCAAUUACAAAGCUUAACAAAUACUUUAAGGAACAAUGUCCCAGCUGAGGUUAUAGCAAAAAGCAAAGAAUUUGAGUUAGCACUGGCUAGCUUAAUAAUAAUGCUUUCCCCAGUAACACCACACUUUUGUUCAGAACUUUGGGCUGGCCUAAUGUCUGCUCCCAAUAGAAUUGGAUCUAAAACGCAAUUUUCGUGGAAUGCACAUGUUUUAAAACAGAAGUGGCCCAUUGUUGACAGCGACUUUCCAUUAUCUUUCCAAUGUAAAGUUGAUGGGGUACAUAGGUGUGAUCUGAAAAUUCCAGCCUAUGAGUUGCCUCGUCUCACAGAACAACAAGCUUUAGAAAUUAUGUCUAAAGAACAAGUAAUUGCAAAGAGAUUGAGAAGGGGUAUUCUAAAAACUAAAUUUGAAUUAUAUCCCGAUUGCCGAGCAAUAUUGAAUAUUUUUACUAAACAAAAUAUAUCUAAACAAACAAAACAACUUGAGAUUCAAGUUUGA